AUGCCGCUCGUGAUUUUCGCCAUCCUUGAGUUCGUUCAACUUUGGUAUGAUGGAUAUGAUCCCGAAUGGAUUUUAGGAACGCGAUGGGGCUCUCCAGCCGAGCCUGAACCACCACCACCGCCACCUCCUUCUCCUCCUCCUACGCUCCCUCUCGAUGAGGAGAAGGUACCUGCAGUACCCGAGCCACCGAAGCCGAUAAAGUUGAAAUCUCCUUUUUGCUGCGAAGGGUGUGAAGAAAAAAUGAAAAACGUCUUCAAUGGUUUGGAUGGUUUGGAAUCUGUGGCAGUAGACUUCGAAUCGGGACUCGUUACCAUCACGGGGAACGUGCAAAGUGAAGAGUGCUUGAAUCUGGCAAAGAGGGUGGUGAAACGUACUGUUAUGUGGUGAGGAUGGACAUACAGGGAUCUGGAAGACAGAAGGAGAAAGGGUGCAGCGGGAUUACAAAUCGUUCAUGUUGCGUUGCAAAGUAGAAUAUCUCACAGUUUUCGUACAUUUAUGUUGUGAUUCAAAUGAUCAAGACA